AUAAAUAUCUAUAUAACUAAUUUAUACUUACCCUCUUUUAUAAAUUCCGAAUAUUCCCUUCACAAUUCUCAAACACACACUAUACAAUAUAUACAGUAUAUACACUCAUCCUUCAUCAAAACUCUCUCUACUCUCCAAAUUCACCAUUAACAAUGUUCACCAGAGACUACGAAGUUAUCGAACAAAUCGGCACCGGACGAUUCGGCGUCGUUUCAAAGAUAAAAUCCCGCAAAAACGCCGAAAUCUUCGCCGUUAAAUCCAUCGACAAAUCCUCAAUUUCCGACGACAAUAUCGACAAACAAUCUCUCAUCAACGAACCCAAAGCUCUCCACCUCCUCUCUCUCUCCUCCACGUCAUCAUGCCACAUCACUCGUCUUCACUCCACGUAUGAUUCCCCCUCUCACCUCCACCUCAUCCUCGAUUACUCCCCUUUUCCUACCUUAUACGACGUCGUUUCACUCCGCCAACGUAUCUCUGAACACGAUUCUCGAUCCAUCACUUUCUCUCUCCUCCAUUGUAUCCUACAUUGUCACGAAAACGGCGUCGUUCAUCGUGAUAUCAAACCAGAUAAUAUUCUUGUUGAUACGAAUUCAUUACAAGUUAAACUAUGUGAUUUCGGAUCUUCUGGGUUUAUAGAUAAUAGUAAGAAUAAUGAAGAUAAUGUAAUGUUGAUGAAUGAAGUUGUUGGUACACCGUAUUAUGUUGCGCCGGAGAUAUUAGAAGGUAAUGGGUAUGAUGAGAAAGUUGAUGUUUGGAGUGUUGGUGUCGUUUUGUAUAUAAUGCUUGCUGGUUUCCCGCCGUUUUAUGGAGAGAGAGUGGAGGAGGUUUUUGAUAUGGUUUUGAAGGGUAAUUUGAGAUUUCCGUUUAGGGUUUUUGGGAAUUUUAAUUCUGUUGUUAAAGAUCUUUUGAGGAAGAUGAUUUGUAAAGAUGUUUCUAGAAGAUUAUCUGCUCAAGAAGCUCUUCGACAUCCUUGGUUCACGACAAGUGGAGGGCAACCCAUCAACAAUGACAUGAUGAAUCAAUACAAUUAGAAGACAUAUACUUUCUAUAUAGUAUAGUAGUAGAAUAUAGUACUUACAAACAAUAGCAAGUAAUUUCUGUUUUUGGUUUUGUUGGGAAAGAUUAUGUAAAUGAAGUAACGAAACUGUGUUUUAUAGGUACUGUUUUUAGCUACUAGUACGAAGCUUCGAUGAUAGUUGUGUGGCUUUUGUUUGGUGUUUGUUUGUUUUUAGUUCAUCUGCGGAGUGCGGAAGACGUAGGGCAGCACUAUGGCAGGCAGCUGCAAUUUGGAGAUCAAAUUGUACAUAAAUUAAACUAGCUAGUGGAGUGGAGUAUCUAUUAAUAUUGUUUUCUCCUA